GAAAUUUAACGCCAGCAGUCCACUCCAGCGACCAGCGUACACUUUAAGAAAUUUUGGUAAUAUUACAAUCAAUUUGAAGCAUUUAUGAACUACUCGCGAUGAAACAAUUUUGGACGUUCAAACAAAUUCAAUACAGAUUUAUAAACGUUUAUUUCGUUAAUUAGCAGAUUUUCUGAACGCAAUCUUAUACUUUUAGUAGUAGCUAACGUAAAAGUCCCACGUCUAAAUUUCCGUGCUACAGAAAUGGGAAAUAACGACGCGUAAAAUAAAUCGAAAGAUCGUCUGCUGUUUAGCUGUUGUGUUAUUGCCAUUGCUGUAGAACAACGCGGCUACAAGUCCUCACGUUUCGCGCGUAAAUCACGAUAAAAUUUUCAUCUUCACAACCGUUUGAAAUCGUUAAUUCAUUAUGGAUUGCGAAAAAGAUGUGCUACGUAUUCAGAAGAAGUUGGAUAAGAUUGUGAAAGAAGAGCUGGGCCAAGAUGAAGCGUUGGAUUACUUGAAAGCUUUGAAAGAUCUACCAAUUAAUUUGGCUGUUUUAACUAGCACUAGAAUUGGUAUGACUGUCAAUGCUAUCCGCAAGAAAAGUGAAAAUGAUGAAGUCAACAAUCUCACCAAAGCGUUAAUCAAGAAAUGGAAGAAGCUCCUACCUGACUCAGGAUCAGCUAACCCAAAAGAAGGCACAAAAGAGGAGGGGAAAGUAUCUGAAAAAACCAAAGAACCACCAAAAGAGACUCCUUCGAAAGAAUCAUCCAAAGACAAAAAAGGUUCCUCUAGCAGUGUCCAAUCUUCAUUUCCUGCCCUACCAUCAACAACCACAGACUCAGUUAGGCUUAAAUGCCGGGAGAUGUUGUGUGCUGCAAUUAAAGGAGAUGGUGUUGCUGUAGAUGGUGGAGGUGAUCCUGAGUACCUGGCCCAAAUGCUGGAGGAAUGCAUUUACAAAGAGUGUAGAAAUACAGACAUGAAAUACAAGAACCGAGUUAGAAGUCGAGUUUCUAAUCUGAAGGACGCCCGAAACCCCAAUUUGCGCCUCAAUUUUCUCUGUGGUCAAGUUAGCCCUGCUCGUCUUUCGAAUAUGACUUCUGAAGAAAUGGCUUCUGAUGAUAUGAAGGAUAUUCGCCAAAAGUUUACUAAAGAAAGCAUCAACGAUGCUCAGCUGGCCACAGUUCAGGGUACACAAACCGAUCUCCUCAAGUGCGGAAAGUGCGGAAAACGCAACUGCACCUACAAUCAGAUCCAAACACGAAGCGCUGAUGAGCCGAUGACGACUUUCGUUCUCUGCAACACUUGCGGCAAUCGAUGGAAGUUCUGCUAAAAACCUUGUGUUGUAUACCAAUAAUGCUAAAAUAACAACAAAAAUUCAAGUUCGUUACCUACGUUUUGGUUAAGACAAUGCCUCCGAAUCCUUUUGACUAACCUUUCUUAGCCCAUUAUUUUCCCCCUCCCCAAAAUGCACCUCAGAAGUGGAAAGCAAGUUUUGGAUAUUUCCCUCUCAGCUCAAUAGAGUCCCUUAUUUGCAUUAAUGGCUCUAUAGUAAAAACUGACUGAAUACAAAUUGUAAGACCUGA